AUGGAAGCAAAGGCGACAGACGUAGAGGCAGACAUCGACGAUGGCUUCGCGACCAAGUUCCUGCGACACUUCCACACGCCGCUGCAGCCCUUUGCCGCAUUCCUCGGCGGCAUUUGUGCACAAGAGGUCGUGAAAGUGGCGGGCAAGUUCACGCCCAUUCCCGGCUGGCUGCACUUCAAUGCCGUGGAGGCGCUCCCUGACUCCCCACCGGCGGAUGCUGCGCCGCAGGGCAGCAGGUAUGAUUCUCUGGCCGCCGUCUACGGCCACAGUUUCGUGAAGAAGCUGCAGAACCUGAAGUACUUCAUGGUUGGCUGUGGCGCACUUGGGUGCGAGUUCCUCAAGAACUUCGCGCUGAACGGCGUUUGCUGCGGCCCUGACGGCCUGCUCACGGUCACGGAUGCAGACCGCAUCGAGCUCUCGAAUCUGACGCGCCAGUUCCUCUUCCGGGAGCACAACGUCGGACAGCCGAAGAGCAAAGCAGCGACGGCCAUGGCCCAGGUGAUGAACCCAGGCAUGAAGGUCCGGGCUCUCGAGAUGUUCGUCGGGCCGAAGACCGAGGAUAGCUUCAACGACGAGUUCUGGAUGUCUCUGGACGGAGUCUGCAAUGCGCUGGACAACAUGGAGGCCCGGUUCUACGUGGACGAUCAGUGCGUCAAGUACGAGAAGCCUCUCUUGGAGAGCGGGACAAUGGGGCCAGCUGGCAACGUCGACCCUGUGGUCCCCUUCAAGACGCAGACGUACAAAGAUGGUGGACAAGCUGAUGAAGGUGGAGGUAUCCCCAUGUGCACAUUGCGGAACUUCCCGCAUUUGCCCGACCACUGCAUCGAAUGGGCCAGAGACCAGUUUGAGCUCUUCUUCGUGAAGUCCGUCAAGCAGCUCAAGAAGUUUCAUGAGGACCCGACGGCCUUCAUUUCGGAGAUUGGCACCAGCACAGAUUUGACCCAGUCCAUCUUCGAGGUUCGGGGCCUCCUGUCGCUGCUGACCUCCGCAUCAGCGCCCAGCAUACGCAGCGCUGGCCAGAGCGCUUUCGAUUUCUUCCACCUCCUCUUCCGGGAUAAGAUCCUGGAUCUCACUGCGGCCUUUCCGGCAACUGCCCGGAUCAUCGACCCCGACACGAAGCAGGACAAGGGUGCCUUCUGGUCUGGUCACAAGAGGUUUCCGCAGGCCACAACUUACGACCCCGAGAAUGAGACGCACUGGCGAUUUCUGGUCUCGGCCACCGCACUUUUUGCGGCCAUGUUGGGUGCAGUUCCCGUGAAGGCGGAGGGUGACAACACCUGGUGCCAGGACAUGCGCUCGAAGGGUUGGGCCGCCAGCUUGUCCAAGGAUUUAGUGGUGCCCCAGUAUGUCGCGGGCGGUGUCAACAUGGACGGUGACACCACGGCCGGCGACGUCACAGCUGGGGCGAAAUCUGACUCCAAGGCCAUCCUGGCUGGGCUCCUGCAGCAGUUGGAGGCUUUCAAAGACAAGCCGCUGCCGGCCCUCGAGGAGGCAGAUUUCGAGAAGGACGACGACUUCAACUUUCACAUCGAGUUCAUCACCCGCUGCGCGAAUCUCCGUGCAGACAACUACCACAUUGCCAAUUCGGAUUUUCACAAGGCAGGGAAGCACAGCAAUCCCAUGAUCGCGAAGGUCAAACUAGUGGCUGGACGCAUCGUCCCUGCCAUCGCCACCACCACUGCAGCCGUCUGUGGAUUAGCCAGCAGCUUACUGCAGAAUCGCGAAGAAGCCUGA